UUGAAUGUAUUUAUGUUGACACGUAACACUGCACCAGGGUUUAGCACAACGAUUCCUUUCAACCUGUCCAAUUGUUCUGUCUUUCUACUCAUUUUUGAUUUUGCAAUAAGAAUGGAAGCAAAUGCUAGUCCAUUCAAGUGUUAUUAUGCAGCUAAUAUUGGGAUCAUCUUCCAUAGCUCGUCGGCAAAUAUUGGCUGAUAUGGGAUAUGAAUUCACAGUGAUGAUUGCUGACAUUGAUGAGAAGUGCAUUCGGAAGGAAAAACCUGAAGACUUGGUUAUGGCCCUUGCUGAGGCAAAGGCUGAUGCCAUCGUAUCAAAACUACAAACUGUCAAUAACCAAGAACUGGAUUCAGAAGCAAUAUUUUUGAUAGCAGCUGAUACUGUAGAACCCAUCAUGCAAAGGCUCCCUAUUGGUGACUCUGUACUGGAAGCUGACCCAAAGUUACUGAUUACUUGUGAUCAAGUGGUGGUCUAUGAAGGUGUUAUCAGGGAGAAACCUUCCUGUGAGGAAGAAGCGCGAGAAUUUAUAAAAGGCUAUUCUGGGAGGAAUGCUGCAACAGUGAGUUCUGUGAUGAUAACAAAUCUUAAAACAGGAAUAAGGAAAGGACAAUGGGACAGAGUACAGGACGUUUGGUGCGGAUCAGAGAAUUUUCAAAGUCAUUUUCCCCUCAUUUUUACUAUUGUGAGAGACAAGUCCAUGCUCAUUGAGAAUGCUUAUGGGGUAGGCACCCCCUCAUCUUGGGAAGUGGUUGUCAACAGAAACUUGCAUGAUUGGAGGUUGGUAGAAUAUGAAAAUUUGCUCCAGUUACUGGCUGGCAUCAGACUUAGCAGUGUGGAUGACAGAUCAAGCUGGAACCUUUGCAAAAACAGUGUGUUCUUUGUUAAAUCAUUCUACAGAUCUUUGGUUGACAGCCCUGUUUCCUGUUCUGGUUUCACCCAUAAAAUUUUCUGGCAUUCUCUUGUUCGAACCUGAAUAUCAUAUUUUGCCUGGGAAGCUGCUAAGGGGCGUAUACUUACGCUAGAGUACCUCAUGCUUUGGCCACUGGUGUUCUUUAUGCAGACAGAACCUAGAAUCUUGCAGCCACCUUUUACUCUGGUGUCACCUAUGAUCUCUGGACUAUGGUUUACAACCUGCUGGGCAUUUCUUGGGUUAUUAUAGGGUCUGUUAAAGGUGAAAUGCUGGCUUGGGAAGGGCUCAGGUCCAGUAACAAAUGUCACAUAUUAAUACCUCUAACAAUUUUAUGGAUUAUCUGGAAAGAAAGAAGCAGUAGGAUUUUUGAGGGUAAAGAAACUGAUUUUGGCACCAUCAAGGAUAGGUGGUUAUACUUUUUUGGUUCUAUUGUAUUAAGUCACAACCUUGAUAGCUUAGAAGAUUUUGAAUCUAUUGUAGAUAUUUUUAUAGAUAUGUGAUUUCCUUUCUAUACCUUGUAUAUGUGUGACGCCCCUUUGGCAUCAUAUCAAUCUUAUUACUCACUUUUAUCUCAAAAAAAUCUGAUUGGGAAAUUUCUAAUAUGCUAGCUCUAUUAAGCUUGUUGGAGCAUGUUCACUAUGAAAGACAGCCUGAUACUUUGGAUUUGGAUAGGAGACCCCUUUGAAUAUAUAGUGGCAAAUCCUUUUUGUCUAUAUAACUGACAACUAUGUUUG